AGGUCAAUGGAAGUGCGAAUGAGGGCAUGCAAGUGUGUUCAUGGAGCCAAACUUCUCUUAUGUGGCGCUGUUGAAGGGUUAUAUUGACCUAAAUGGAGCCUAUCAGACAACCAAUACCCAGAGGCGGGAAUCGUGCUUGUACGAUACUCACAACGAUCAAACAAAUGAUGGGGGUGAACCUCUACUACAUUUACAACAAACAAAGGCUCGGGACUGCGACACGGACAACACACCAAGCCAUGAGGAUUUACACGUGUUGGGUGACUUUGUUGACGACCAAGACAAUUCUCCUAUGCAAUUGGAGGAUGUGGAUGCACAAACAACAACUUUUGAUGAUAUUCUCUUGGAUCCAUGGAAGCCAACCCUCUUUGAUGAUAUUCUCUUGGAUGAGGUUGACACAAACAAUGAAGGAACAAGAGGUACUUUUGAGAGGGAGCAAAAUCAUACUUGGAAUCUCGACUCGCCGACAUGGGUUGAUGAUGGUUCCUCCAGAGAGUCUCGAGAGGCAGGAACAUCAACAAAUGCACGCUGCCUGCAAGUGCCAGACAGGGAGAAUGAAGACAAUGAUAUCAAUGAAGAAACCAUAGACGCAUUUUUAGAAAAUGAAAGACGGGCCACAGAAGGAGGAAAUGACCGAACAAUAGAUAGUGAGCUGAAACCUAAAAUGGGGAUGCAAUUUGCCACGAGGGAAGAAGCUCAAAAGUUCUUAAACUUCUAUGCCUUUGUAGCUGGUUUCUCCAUAUCAGUCGGGUCGACUGCCCGCACAACCAGCAAAAAGGAACGAAGAGGUUGUAAGGGUAACACUAAAAUGCAACAAAUAUGGGCAUAAUACAGAGGCUGAGAGAGAAAACUUGAUAGUACACACAAAAAGCACUGUCAUAGCAAAAACAGAUUGCAAAGCGCAAAUGAUAGUUGCUUUGAAAGAUGGAAGAUGGCGUAUAACUAACCUUAAUCUUGAUCAUAAC